GGUCGGGGCGAGUGCUGCGAGUGAGUUUUGCCUUCCCAGAUCUCUGCCUUUCCCCGGAAGGAAGAGGAAAAGAAUGACCAAGUUCCAGGAGGCACUGACGUUCAAGGACGUGGCUGUGACCUUCAGUGAGGAGGAGCUGGGGCUGCUGGACCCUACCCAGAGGCAGCUGUACCGAGACGUGAUGCUGGAGAACUUCAGGAAUCUGGUCUCUGUGGGGCAUCAGUCCUCCAAACCAGAUAUGAUAUCCCAGUUGGAGAGAGAGGAAAAGCUUUCAGUGAAGGAGAUUCAGGCUCAACGAGGUAGUCACUCAGGUGAGAACUGGGCAGCUGAAGUCUUUGUAGAAAGCAGAAGUCAGAAUGAGGUGGAGACUCUUCAUGAAGCAGGAGUAAGGUGCAUCUCAUUGGGAGAGCUGUCGUGCUGGCAAAUCAAGAAACAUGGGAGCAAAUUAACCAAAAGUCAAGACUCCAUGAUAAAUAGUCAAAGAAGGAGUUCUCAGUUCUCCCGACAGUGUAAUUCCCCCUGUCAGUUGGGCACAGGAGUAUCCAUUCAAGCUUAUGUGGAUGACACCUGUAUCAUGAAUCUUAUAGAGGAUCACUCCAGUAUUAUUGAAAAUCAAGAAUUUCCAACUGAGAGAGCUCCGAAUUCUUGGAGCAAAAUAUAUCUGAAUGAGACACAGAAUUAUCAGAGAAGUUGUGAGCAGACUGAGAUGAAAAACAAAUUAUGUAUAUUUGCUCCAUAUGUUAACAUUUUCAGUUGUGUUUCACACCACCGUGAUGCUGAUACAGUAGACAAAAGAGAUGAAACUCACAGCAACAAAGAUUGUGGUGAAGACAUCUUAAAGGUAUCACCUCUUGCCCAGCGCAGUAUAAUUCACACCAGACAGAAAACCUACCAGUGUAAUGAAUGUGAAAAAGCCUUCAGUGAUAACUCCAGUCUUGAACUUCAUCAGCAGGUACACUUGGGAAAGUCGUCCCCUAUGUAUAGUACACAUGAGGAGGACACCAGUUAUGGCUCUGCUAUUCCCGUUCAACAAAGUGUUUGCACAGGAAAUAAACGCUACUGGUGUCAUGAGUGUGGGAAGGGUUUCAGUCAGAGCUCAAACCUGCAGACUCAUCAGAGAGUCCACACAGGGGAGAAACCCUAUUCGUGCCAUGAGUGUGGGAAGAGCUUUAAUCAGACCUCACAUCUUUAUGCCCAUCUGCCUAUUCACACAGGAGAGAAGCCCUAUAGAUGUGAAAGCUGUGGGAAGGGCUUCAGUCGUAGUACAGAUCUCAAUAUUCAUUGCAGAGUUCACACUGGAGAGAAGCCUUAUAAAUGUGAGGUAUGUGGGAAGGGCUUCACUCAGAGAUCACAUCUUCAGGCCCAUGAAAGAAUCCACACUGGAGAGAAACCAUAUAAAUGUGCAGAUUGUGGGAAACGCUUUAGUUGUAGCUCAAAUCUUCAUACCCACCAGAGAGUCCACACUGAAGAGAAACCAUACAAAUGUAAUGAGUGUGGAAAGUGCUUUAGUUUGAGCUUUAAUCUUCAUAGUCAUCAACGCGUCCACACAGGAGAGAAACCCUAUAAAUGUGAAGAGUGUGGUAAAGGUUUUAGUUCAGCCUCAAGUUUCCAGAGCCAUCAGAGGGUUCACACAGGAGAGAAGCCAUUUCGAUGUAAUGUGUGUGGUAAAGGCUUCAGCCAGAGUUCGUAUUUUCAAGCCCAUCAGAGGGUCCACACUGGAGAAAAACCAUACAAAUGUGAGGUGUGUGGGAAGCGGUUCAAUUGGAGCUUGAAUCUUCACAAUCAUCAGAGAGUCCACACAGGAGAGAAACCCUAUAAAUGUGAGGAGUGUGGGAAGGGUUUCAGUCAGGCCUCAAAUCUUCAAGCUCAUCAGAGUGUCCACACUGGGGAAAAACCAUUCAAAUGUGAGGCGUGUCAGAAGCGAUUCAGUCAGGCCUCACAUCUUCAAGCCCAUCAGAGAGUCCACACCGGAGAGAAACCGUAUAAAUGUGACACGUGUGGUAAGGCCUUCAGCCAGAGGUCCAAUCUUCAAGUCCAUCAGAUAAUUCACACUGGAGAGAAACCAUUUAAAUGUGAGGAGUGUGGAAAAGAAUUCAGUUGGAGUGCUGGGCUCAGUGCUCAUCAGAGGGUCCACACAGGGGAAAAACCCUAUAUGUGUCAGCAGUGUGGCAAGGGCUUCAGUCAGGCCUCACAUUUUCACACACAUCAGAGGGUCCACACUGGAGAGAGACCAUACAUAUGUGAUGUGUGUUGUAAGGGAUUCAGCCAGAGGUCACAUCUUGUAUACCAUCAGAGAGUCCACAGUGGAGGGAGUCUGUAGAAAUGUGAGGUGUGGUAAUCUUCCAGUUAGAGUUCACAUCUUCAUCUCCACUGGAAAGUCCUUGCUGAUAAUUGUGCAAAGUUCCUUCAGAACUCAGAAGCUUCACGGAAUCUUCAUGGGAAAGAAGCUCCAUAAAAUGCUGUGUUUUAAGGACUCUGGGAGAUUAUUUCUUUGCAAACAUCAGAUUUCACAGAUGAGAGAAAACCUAUAAAAAUGGUCAGUGGCUGUGCCAGAGUUCUGAAUGUCCCAAU